GGUUGUAUAUUAAUCAAAAUGCUCAAACGAAGGCAAUCAAUUUAAUCUUAUAUUAAAAUUCAAUCAUUACAACCAUGACAUGCCCCAAUCGAGUUUUAAUAUCAUAUCAAAUCUCGCAUCCAGUAAAGCGGCGUGCGUUAAAGAAAUGCAAAAUGUUUAUUUUGCAAACCUCUUCUUGAAUUAGUGCAAUAUGUCUGGAAUGGGACCUGCCAGUUGUUGGGUCACUCAUAAACGUCUAGAGUCUUGGGCGAGAGCGGCGAAGGAACGUGCUUUAGGAACAAAUUCACCAAAAAGUAAUGAAAAUGGAAGCAAUAGCACAAGCAGCAAUAACAGCGUUGAGGAAUUUAAUGUAGCAAAAGAACAACAUAAAAUUCAACCACCGCAAAAUGUGUCUUCUAAUGCGCUGACCGCAGAACUUUUAAAAACUCCUUUAGAAGUAUGUCAGAACACAUCACACGUUCCGGCCUUGCCAUAUCAAUCAAAAUCUUAUCCAGGAGGACAGCCGCCUUUAUGUAGAACUCCAAGUGUGUCUUCACAAAGUAGUUUAGAAAGUAGUGCGUCGCGUCAGGGUCAUCGUGGAUCGUCUCCGCAAAUACGCACCUAUGCGCCCGACGGACGGGCUAGAGUGCUACCACAUCAGGAAGCUACCCAUUCAUCUAGUUACCCUCUUAACAAUACCAGCAGAUCGCCAUCUCCACUUAGAACGGCUUCCUUAGACAUCAGAUCUACGUCUUCAACGGGGGUUGUUUCAGUUGGGGGCGAGCUUCGAACACCCUCACCUUCGCAAUCGAGCUUAACUUCGCUAACCGGUGGAUCGGCUAGUUCAACAUGUAAUUCACCAGCCCUUGCGUCUCCACGGACUACAAACAUGGGAAGGUGCCUGUCCCCUUUGCUGAUACCACCAAGAUCGCAUACGCCUGACAGUGGAGGUCCGGCACCACCCGCCAGUCCUCUAGGUGCCAUUCAGCCUGAUCUCUACACCCGACAAGAUGGUCCACUAUUUCUAAGCGGCGGCAGCCCGCGCUCCGGUAUUAACAUGGGAAGACUGCAUUUUAGAGUGAAAUACGAUUUUGAUAGAAGCGAUUUGACGGUACAUUUAAUUGAAGCUCACGAUUUAGCCGGAAGCGAUCAAGGCGGCUUCAACGAUCCGUACGUAAAGUUAUCUCUCAUCCCUGAAGUCGAUUCGCGAAAGCGACAAACAACAAUACAUAGAAACGAUCCAAAUCCCUUUUUCGACCAACAUUUCAAAUUCCCCGUUUCACACGACGAUCUACAAUAUAAAACGUUAGUCCUCCAAGUGUUCGAUUACGACCGUUUUUCGCGCAACGAUAUUAUCGGGGAAGUUAGAAUGAGUAUGGAAGAGUACGAUGUAACCUCCAAUAUUGAGGUGUGGGGUGAAAUUAUUAAAAAUAAAAAACCGCCCGAAGAGAUUCAAGAGGUAUUAUUGUCACUUAGCUAUCUUCCGUCCGCCGAAAGAUUAACGGUUGUAUUAUUAAAAGCCAGAAAUUUAUUUUUACCUUCGGAUAAGGAGAACGUAGAUCCAAUUGUUAAAGUGUACCUACUUGUUAGUGGAAAACGUGUCAAGAAGAAGAAAACCGCCGCUAGGAAAAAUACACGUAAUCCCGUUUGGAACGAAGCUUUAAGCUUUAGUCUGUCCUCUUCGAAUCUUUCCAACGCCGCUAUCGAGGUUUGCGUAAUCGACCAAGGAAGUGACUUAAUAUCAAAUAAUCCACUGAUAGGAUGUUGUCUUAUUGGAUCACGCGAAUCGGGUGCAGAAAAGGAUCAUUGGCAAGACAUGAUGCAAAGUCCAAGAAAAGCGGUAGCAUGCUGGCAUACCUUGCGAUAAAGUGCUCAAUGAAUACAUAAUACCUACACCUGUCGGUGACACCAUUAGGUAUAUUAUAUUAAAUACUUCAGUGUACCAAAUGAAUGUAUAUGAGAGAGAAAACUGAAACAAGUACCAUUUGCUAGUAUUAAAAAUAUGGGUCUAAGUUACUGCUUCAAAGAAGAACGCACCAAUUUAUACUAAUUUUGUAAACUUUUUUUACUUAAACUCUUCCGUUACCAAAUUACAUUAUAAGGAAUAAGUAGUACAAACAAAAAUAAUUUAGAAUUAUUAGCUGUAUAGAUUUAUUAAAAUGAUUAUAUAGGCUUUAAAAGUAGAGGUGAUAUAUUUCUUAUCGUAUAGUUAGUCAAUUAUUUAAAUUAAAAAGGUAUACCCUACGAGACGGCACCAGUCACGCUUACACACGAUCUCAAAAACUAUAUUCACGAAUUUAUAUUAAACUUAAAGGCCUGAUUAUAUCGAAGGAUAGGAGCCUAAGUACUAAAUCACUGACAUGGAAAAUUGCUUAUGAUUAAUGUCCUUAUAGUCCCCACAUAUUCAGACAAUCAUCUCGUCAUUUUUAAAAACAUUUACACUACACUCGUCAACUGUGUAUUCUUAAAUUAGGGAUUUCUAAUUGUACUGUCUAUUUUUUACAAAAAACUGCAUUAGAACUUCCAUUGACAUUUACACGUACUUGUGCAAGGUCGUAAUUUGCCUUUAAUAACUUUGGAAAUCGCAAAUAAUUGUGAGUGAUAUUUCCUCCAUAUCACAAUAAAUGCUGUGUUUCAAACUAUGAAAUGCGCAAUUUAAUACUAAUCAUAUCCAUUCAUAUGUUCCUUUCCUACUACUACCUAGUUACCGUACAUGUUCGCUAUUUACCCAAAAUAUUAUUUACAAAUUCAAUGAGUAUCUCUUUAAUGUGACAAAUAAAUGAAAGGAUGUGGAAUGGAAAAGGAGGUACUUAUUUGAUGCAGAAAAUAAAUUUAUUGUACUUUAUGUGUAUUCCUCUCUAAGCUCAAUGUAUUGAACUUAUGAAGUAUAUUCCAUGAAUGUCUCUUAUGAAGUUGUUAAACAAAUUUAUACAAACAAAUAAAUAUAUAUAUAAAAAAAUAAAUUUAUAAAAUAUAUAUUAUCUAAUAUUUUGUUGUGUAAGUUAAAAAUAUAUAUGUACCUGCGCUGUGUUUGUAACUUAUGUACACUUAUAACACGUGAAAAUACAUGUACUUUGUUUCUAAUAUGAAACUUAAAAAUGUUAUGAACGUCAAAUCCAUUUAUAUAAAGUAACAUAUUACAAUCACCCAAACGAAACGCUUAGUGUUAUUUUAUACAAAUGGAGACCUAUUAUAUAGUGAAUGUUAAAAUUUAAUAUCACCAUCUGAUUUUAGUUGAAAUAUAUACACAAAAAUUAU